UCUCGCCAUGUUGGAAGGAACAACAACUGAAUAAGUAACUCGAUUUGUUUCUGUAUUUGUUUUCAUACAAGAAGAGCAUCAUCAGUAGAGAUGGAUGCUUUCCUACGUGGACAGAGUUCGACUGCUAGUUCUUCGAAGCUUAAGCUACAAACAGGCGAAGAAACGGCAGGAUCUUCAAACAAAAGGGUUGUUGUUCCAUGGGUUGAAAAAUAUCGUCCAAGAUCUGUGGAUGAAGUUGCUUAUCAGGAUGAAGUUGUGGCAGUGUUGAAAAAAUCACUAGAAGGGGUUGAUCUUCCAAACUUACUCUUUUAUGGCCCUCCUGGCACAGGAAAAACAUCCACAAUACUUGCUAUUGCAAGACAACUGUUUGGACCUGAAUUGAUGAGAUCACGGGUGCUUGAACUUAAUGCAUCAGAUGAACGUGGAAUACAGGUGGUAAGAGAUAAAGUAAAGAAGUUUGCUCAGCUGGCAGCCUCUGGUAUUCGUGCUGAUGGUAAACCAUGCCCACCUUUUAAGCUGGUUAUCUUGGAUGAAGCAGACUCCAUGACACCGAGUGCUCAGGCAGCCCUGAGAAGAACUAUGGAGAAGGAAACAAAAACUACAAGAUUUUGUCUCAUUUGUAACUACGUAAGCAGGAUUAUUGAGCCCCUGACUUCCCGUUGUUCCAAAUUUCGUUUUAAGCCAUUAUCUACAGAUACUUUAGAGAAAAGACUCAACAUGAUUUGUGAAAAGGAAGAUGUUAAAUGUGAUAGUAAGGCGAUACAAGAACUGAUAAAGAUAUCAGAAGGUGACAUGAGGAAGGCUAUAACAUACCUACAGAGUGCUCACAGAUUGAAAGGUGAAGACAUGGUAGAAGCUGAUGAUAUCAGUGAAAUAGCUGGGGUUGUUCCAAUUAAAAUGGCAGACAAACUUUUUGAAGCUUGUGAAUCAGACUCAUUUGAAAAGCUUGAUGCUACAGUUCAGGAAAUAAUAGCUGAGGGACACGCAGCUGCUCAGGUCAUUAACCAGGUUCACGACAGAAUUAUUGAAAUGGCUGAGUUAAAUGACCAUCAAAAAUCUGCCAUUAUGGAAAAAAUAGCUAUUGUUGACAAGUGUCUUUGUGAUGGAGCUGAUGAAUAUUUACAAAUUUUAAGCUUGUGUUCCGUCAUGAUGCAACAAUUUUGCCAUGCUGGACAGACAUGAUAGGGUUGGAAAGGAAAAGUUGGAACGUAAACAUUUCUCAUCGUUGUUCGCUAUACUGUAUCAGCUGUAUUAUGUGAAUUACUAAUAAAAGGUUUAUCCUG